GGGGCAUAAAGUCGAGGGCUUCAUCAUCGACACCUGCAAAAUUCUCGUGCAAGCAGACUGCACAGUGUGCUCUCAGGUCCAUUGAAUCGUGCGUUUGAGUACGGCGCGCUACGCUGAAUCGUCAGUCGAGUUGGGGUUCGAGCUUCUGGAGCCCCUUCGUCUUCAGGACGGGUCAAUUGCACUCCAUUCGGGGUUGCCCUUUCGCCAUAUUCGCUCAACGCUCUCCACUUGCAGAUAAAAGUGAAAAAGAGCAUCACUUCUAGCUCGCCAUGUCGUCCGAUCACUCUCGACCAGUUUUCGACCCGCCACUCAAUUCACAUCAUCACCUCCGUGUCUCGAGUGCCCAUAAAUCUGAAAGCACGUUGGCGAGCAAUAAGGAUGACUCGCUGGAGAUUUUCUUUGUCGCUCAUGAACAUAAUUCAUGUUCACCUUUUUCGGAUCUCAAACCCGGGUCACUACAAAUAUGGACGGACCUUCCAGCAAUAUCAACACGCGAUGUUGCGGAUGACGGCACUAUUGAAGGCUGGACCGCUUUCGACUUCCUACCGUCAACUUCAUCAGCUCUCAAAGGGCUUCAUGUCUGCGCGCUUAAAGUACCUCGAUCUUCUCUUUCAAUUCGAGACUACCAUUUCACCUACCGCCGCAUUCAUCCGGAUGACCGAAUCGAGUGGUUCGGCAACGGCGCAAACGACGGUACCGUAACUGUACUUGGUCGGGAUGAUGGCCCCUCUGACAGCACAUUUUCCGUCCUGGGCCUUUCGAACGAGGACAACGCCGCAAUACCGGAGCUGAAUGCAAACAUUUCUACCGACCAUGAUGGAAAUGAAGACCCCAUUCAAGUCAGGCUGUUAUCGUUCGCGCUUGCUUCUACUGAGGAUGAGGACAGCUACUAUCAUGUCUGCACCCCAUGCACAACUAUUACCGGUGGGGUCUCCCUCGAACGUACAAAGACGGCAUGGCUCACUUCGCGCACAUUGACGUCCUUUGCAGACAUGUCCACCCAGUACGGAGCAAGCUUGCUAGUUUUGCGCUUCCUAAAAAUGGGCUCCUGCAUCGCGGUAUUCUUUCCCAUAUCCACCUCAACAUUCUCGACUUCGCUCCUACGCUCGCAUGAUGCCAAGUCUCUCUACCUUAGGGUUUCUGCUUUCGAUCCACUUCAAACGCCACCCGAGCGAGCGCACGUUGUGGUGGCCACAGGGACCGAGUCACAGCUGCACAACGUCAUCGAGGCAGCCAUUUGUAAAGCUCGACAGACUCUAGGCUCCGCCCUGUCGUCCGCUCCUGGCUUUUUUGACCGCAUGCCAGACCACAUUGUCGAUGGGAUCCAAGAUACGGACGUUGGUGCGAACACACAUCGGAAGGCAUCUUUUGUUUCUGCGGCAGGUUAUGGGUCGGAUGCAGAUACAUCUAGUGUGGGCACUGUUGUCGAGUACGACGAUGUCGACAUCGGGGAUGACACCAUGCUCACCGAAGCCGACCCAAUCGGAAAUUUCCGGGUGAAUGGCAAGAAUGAACAUGACUUCAACCCGACGCCUCAAAAGCUCCGUACAUGUGUUUCAAGCCUGGCUAACAGAUCUCAUCCGCUCGAUCCUAGCACGGGACUUGGCUUCUGCACCUGGGAAGCUCUUGGGCCAGGCGUUCGGCCCAAACUAUCACUAGUUCUAAAAGCGCUGCAGCAGGCGAGCGAACGCUAUGGGGAUGCCGCAAUCACGUCUGUCUUGAUUGACGAUGGAUGGGCCGAGGUAUCCUUGGAAGAGGGGUCCAGUAGGGGAAUGCUGCACUCGUUUGACCUAGCGGGCGACUUACUCGAUGUUGAUGUUGAGCCCGAGUCCGCGGCAAGCCCGGCACUAGCUCGUUACGUACGCGCCAUCAAGUCUAGGUUCCCCUUUGUCCAGCAUGUUGGCGUGUGGGCGACGCUGGCAGGAUACUGGGAUGGCUUGAGCGCAGCAAGUCCUGCGUGGGAACGUUAUGGUACUCUUGAGCGUCUCCGUGAUUGCUCUCACGAGCUGCAUGGAGGGCGACCGUUACUUGCUCAGACGCAACACGAAAUUCUUGUUCCAGCUUCUGCGGAUGCUUUGGCAAGAUUUUGGAGUGAUGCUUUCGAGCAUCUCGUGGCGUGCGGCGUCGAAUUCGUCAAGAUCGACAAUCAAGCAGAAUGGGACUUUUUGCGUCACCAGAACGGCAGAAGCGCUGCCGCCCUUGGCGCACAAAGCUGGGAAGGCAUGAUGAAAGCGGCAGACGCUUGGCUUCCGACUGGGCGGGGAGGCAUAUUGCACUGCAUGUCCCUUAGUCCGAGCUUUACGAACAGCCUUCGAGUUUUCACAGCCACAGACAAGUCCUUCACAGUCAGGAACACGGACGAUUUUUUUCCGCAUGAGCACGAUGCACACCGCUGGCACAUUUUGCACAAUGCCUACAACGCGCUGCUCACUGGCCACAUCCCGAGCAUCCGCAUGGACAUGGACAUGUUUGGCGCCAGCGACGCAUCUGUUUGGACGCAAAGCCACGCAGCGCUACGAGCCUUUUCCACUGCUCGCCUCUGGAUCUCCGAGUCGAUUCAGCAGCAGCCGAGCCACGCCGCUGACGCCCUUCUUGCUCCAGCCUGCAAUCAACCCGGUGCUGCCCAGAGAAUUGUGCAAGCAUCACAACCAACUCGCUUGAUCUCCGCUUCAGUGUUCGAUCGUCUGGUGCACAACCCCGUCGGCUCAGCACUCAAGAUGGCGGUCCAUCAUGGAUCGAACAGGGGCGCGACCAUCGGCCUCUGGAAUAUUCGCCACGGCCAUGCAGUAGAUACACUGCGCAUUUGCCACAUCGCUGAAGCUUUGGGGAACAGCACGCAGCGCGUCGCAAUCUUCUCAAAGGCGUCGCAUGCUUUGGUUGUCGUACCCAAUUCCAAUGCCCAUCAAGCGAUGCCAGAUGGGACGCUCAGCUCUGAACCUAUACUUGCCUUGCGGCUUGAGGAGGGGCAAUCUGACUGCAUCUUUGUGGCUCCGCUGCAGCCGAGCGAUGCGAGUGCAAGUGUUCAAGUCGCAUGCUUCGGUAUAAUUGACAAAUAUGUCGGACUUGAAGCGCUCGCUGAAGAUGGCUUCGCAUGCUCGUCAUCAGCAUUGUCGACUCCACCACUUGCCGAGCCUCCUACGGCAGCAGGGCCCUCAAAAGUUGAACCGUCGUUACAAGAGCUGAUGAUCGUGUACGGGCCAUUGAUCGCCCUUCGAGUCAUCCUGGUCCUUGUCAUCAGUGCCAUCAUCAGCUCGUUGAUCUCAAGCUCGCCAGCACGUGGCCUGCCGUCGCUUCUUCAGCGUCCGAUCCGAGGUGCAACCAUAACCUGCUUGAACUGGAUUUCCCCCACCGAGCUUGAUGGCACGACACUGGGAAAUCUUCUGCGAAACGCUCAGCGCCUUCAGAUCCACCCAAUGGCAAAGGGAACAUCAAUUCUUCCUUGGACAAGUGACUCGAAACUGCACCUGCAGCCCGAAAAAAUGCAUUGCCCUAGUGCACCUGAUGCUCACAACCUUGUGGGCUUCAGCUUACGCGUGGGGUUCCACGUGCGCUAUGCUGGCGAGCUCGGCCUUGCCAUCACUCAUCCCCAAAGCAGCUCUCUGUCUGGUCUAAUAGUGCAAAUCGACGGUCAGGAAAUUAAGAGGGAAUUUUGGAGCGCCCACUCAGAUAAUGCAGGGGAUGUCACGCUGGUGCGAAUCCAAGCAGAAAGUUACUUGAAACACUUGUCUGCUCUUGACCCUGCCCACCCUCAUGAACCACGCGAAGCUUGGCAUGUUAGCCUCAAAGCAACCAUCAUUGAAGGCGACACGCGCGCAUGACAUGAAGAACUUUCAACAUUGUCCAUGUAAUGCAGACCAAAAGCAUAGAAUGCAACAGCUACU